AUGGAUUCAGCAGAGAAAAGGCUUAAUGAGCUUGGCUACAAGCAAGAACUGAGAAGAGAAAUGACUAUGUUCAAAACUCUGGCAAUAUCAUUUUCCACAAUGACCCUUUUCACUGGAAUUACACCUCUCUAUGGUUCUAGUCUUCAAUAUGCAGGCCCCGCAUCUCUUGUGUGGGGAUGGGUAAUGGUUUCUUUCUUCACUUGGUUCGUUGGGAUUGCAAUGGCUGAGAUAUGCUCCUCGUUCCCGACGACUGGUUCUCUGUACUUUUGGGCUGCCCAUUUAGCUGGUCCAAAAUGGGGACCAUUUUCUUCAUGGUGCUGUGCUUGGCUUGAGACCAUUGGGCUUAUAGCUGGGAUAGGGACUCAGGCAUAUGCAGGAUCACAAACAUUGCAGAGUAUAAUCCUCCUCUCAACUGGCACAAACAAAGGUGGAGGGUACUUCGCCCCAAAAUGGCUAUUCUUAUGUAUGUACAUUGGCCUCACUGUUAUAUGGGCGGCACUAAACACAUUUGCAUUGGAAGUGAUUGCCUUGAUUGAUAUAGUUUCAAUAUGGUGGCAGGUUAUUGGUGGAUUGGUGAUAGUCAUAAUGUUACCUCUGGUAGCACUAACUACAAAAUCUGCUUCAUUUGUAUUCACACACUUAGAAUUAGCCCCUGGAUCAACAGGAGUAACAAGCAAACCAUAUGCUGUUAUCCUAUCAUUUCUUGUCAGCCAGUAUUCCCUCUAUGGCUAUGAUGCUGCAGCACAUCUAACUGAAGAAACCAAAGGUGCAGACAAGAAUGGGCCUAUUGCAAUACUAGGUAGCAUUGGGAUUAUUUCAGUAUUUGGAUGGGCAUAUAUCUUGGCACUUACAUUCAGCAUUCAGGAUUUUGGCUACCUUUAUGAUGUAAACAAUGAGACUGCUGGAGCUUUUGUUCCAGCACAAAUACUCUAUGAUGCAUUCCAUGGAAGAUAUCACAAUUCUGCUGGAGCAAUCGUUCUACUAUUUGUCAUUUGGGGUUCAUUCUUUUUUGGUGGGCUUUCAAUUACUACAAGUGCUGCCAGAGUGGUUUAUGCUUUGUCAAGAGACAAGGGAGUUCCUUUUUCCCACUUAUGGCAACAACUGCACCCAAAGUACAAGGUUCCCUCAAAUGCAGUGUGGCUUUGUGCAGCAAUCUGCAUUCUUCUUGGUCUCCCAAUUUUGAAGGUCAAUGUAGUCUUCACUGCAAUAACUUCAAUAUGCACAAUUGGAUGGGUUGGUGGUUAUGCAGUUCCUAUCUUUGCAAGACUUGUGAUGUCUGAGAAGAACUUCAAGCCUGGUCCAUUUUAUUUAGGCAAAGCAAGAAGACCAGUGUGUCUGGUGGCAUUUCUAUGGAUUUGUUACACAUGUUCUGUAUUCCUUUUGCCAACUCUGUACCCAAUUGCUUGGGAUACUUUCAAUUAUGCACCAGUUGCUUUGGGGGUGGGUUUGGGCCUAAUAAUGCUUUGGUGGCUGUUAGAUGCAAGGAAAUGGUUCAAAGGGCCAGUUAGGAAUAUUGAUAUGCAAAAUGGCAAGGUAUAA